UGGCUGGCAUUAGGGUGGAAAUAUGGUCGACCAAAUCAACUGGCUCAUCUCUCGAAAUCGUAAUUAUCGUAAUGUCGAGGCGUAAAUAAUUUCAAUAAUUCCAAAAGAAGAAUUUUGUCAAUUUCGAAAGACUAAGACUGCGCGAAAAUGGGACUGUGCAAGUGCCCAAAACGAAAAGUGACGAAUCAGUUCUGUUUUGAGCACAGGGUUAAUGUUUGCGAGCAUUGUAUGGUGACAAAUCACCCAAAGUGUGUCGUCCAGUCGUAUCUCCAGUGGCUCCAGGACAGCGACUGCAAUCCUAUCUGCACCCUCUGCAACGAGGCCCUGAAGAAUGCAGAUUGCGUGAGAUUGACGUGUUACCAUGUGUUUCACUGGUCGUGUCUGGACUCGUACGCGAGGAAUUUACCAGCCACAACUGCACCAGCAGGUUACACCUGCCCCACGUGUCAAUCCGGGAUAUUUCCAGAGGCUAAUUUAGUUUCCCCAGUGGCUGAUGUCCUGAAGCAGAAACUGGCGAGCGUCAAUUGGGCGAGAGCUGGCCUCGGUUUACCCCUGUUGAGCAUCGACCGGGAGCAGAAGCCGCCGCAGGAGUCGAAGCCCACGAUAGAGACAUCAGUCUACCAGAACCACUCGAUAUCCCCCACGUCAUCCCCAUCGACCGCCACAGCUCGAACAAGUGGGAACGUCAAUUCCAGUUCUCACUUGAACAAUGUUCACGCUGUUGUCCAGAAACAGGGGCCCCCAUACUCAGUGGUGAAUAUCGAGACAUCGGGACAGAUGGACCGAAAGGUUUUUGAGGCGUACGACGACCCGAAGGACAUGUCCUACGAUCACGAUGAGAACAAGUACCAGAGAAAAUCCGCGAUCGAGUGGUUCCUCAGGUGGUGGAAACUCAUCAUGAGACCUCCAGCUCGCAGGAGAAGUUCCUCCGGUGGUCUCUACAAGAGAUACGCUAUCAUCGGCGUUUUUGGACUUUUAUCCUUCAUUAUGAUUAUUAUUCUCUUCUCCUGGCUCGGGAGAAUGGCCACCGAUGGAGAUCCUGCGUACAAUCUCAUGGCUAAUCCCCACAUCAACGUCGCAGAAGAAACUAUUUAGUCAUUUUUCAACAGGAGCUCUUGGGGUGUGUUUCUGCUCAACGGAAUUGAUUUCUCCUUUUUUUUAUUCAACCACCAAUUAAUUAUCUGGGCAAUGAGAGAUUGCAGAGAAAAAUGCUAUUAACCGUUUUUUGUUUUAUU